AUGUCCGCCGUCUACGACACCCUCGCUGUGAUCCGGCCGCCGCGCGCAGAGUACGAGCCUGAGGCGCUCGGGCCGGCAGAGUUUUCCUACGCCGGCGCCGAGGCGCUCGAGCCGCCGGCGCCGCAAGCCUCUAACUAUUUUUCUCUGAUACUGUCCAAGCCUAAAGACGCACGCCGGCGAAGCACCAUCAAGCUGCUGUACGGCCCCGGCAUCGCCUUCCCAGGCUUAGCUAGACUGAGAGAUAUUGAAGUAGAUAUUGUGCACAUGAUGACACUGAACCUCCCAGAGCUCGUCCCGAGCACCGGGACGCGGUCGGGCGAUCUGAGGCCCAACUAG